AUGGACCUGUCCGAGCUGCACGAGCGCUUCGCCGGCGAGGGCAUCCUCUUCAUCACCUGCGGGCAGCCUGGUAUCCAGGAGGUCUUUGCGAAGCACUGUGGGGACGGCUCCCUCAUCAGGAAUCUGCUGGUGGCUGGGGAGUCUGCACACUUCCGGGUGGGCCAGGACCUGCUGGCGGGCAGAGAUGCCGAGCAGGUGAAGAAUCUCUUCUUGGAGGUGGGCGAUGUCUACAUCACCGUGGAGGGCGGGCCCGGAGUGGCGCAGGAUGCGCGGAAGGUGCUAGCCCGGGGUGCGACAGUGCUGCCGCUGAAGCGCACAGGCGGCGCCAGCGCGGGGAAGUUCGACUUCCCGGAGAAGGCGCUGGCGCCCAGCUUCGUGCCCGAGGAGCAGUGGGCGCGGCUCGGCCGCAGCACCACGCCGCUGCAGGAGGCUGCAAAGACGGCCGUGGAGGUGAUGGUCACCAUCUUCGAGGUGCGGGACAUGUCUCGGCCGCCCGAAAACACGUGGGACGGGGACGGGCGCUUUGGAUAUAGCCUUGAACUCAAGGAGUAA